GACAGGAGGAAAUGAAUAUUUAAAAAUAUGGAACUCUUUCCGAAAGCCAAGAUUUAAAGCGGUUAGGGGUGAACCAAGCAGAAGCAGAAUGAUGGAGAAAAUAGGGUUUGUGAAGCAGCUGGCGUCCUGCGAGAAGAAAACGCGGGACAGAGCAGUAAGGUUGCUGGAGUCAUGGCUGACGGCCAAGGCGACGCAAGUGUCUGAUGAUGAGCUCAAAAAAAUGUGGAAGGGGCUCUUCUACUGCGUCUGGCACGCCGACAAGCGCCACAUCCAGGCGGACGUCAUCGAGAAGCUCGCCUCCCUCAUUCGAACCCUCGACCUCCCCCUCGCCAUCCAUUACUUGCAGGUAUUUCUCCUCACCAUGAGGCGUGAGUGGAGUGGCAUCGAUCACCUCCGCCUUGACAAGUUUUAUCUCAUGCUCACCCGUUUUUUGCAUUCUCUCUUUCUUCGCUUAGAUGCCCAUUCGUGGGACACAGACAUUACAAGUACUUUUAUCAACGUUCUCGCCCAGGGCACAUUUUUCGCCCUUGAUACUUUUCCUGCCCGGGGGGUAAAUUUGCACUUUGUCGAUGUUUAUCUUAACGAGAUUGCGGAGUAUUUGCCUCUCAGUCAGAGUGCGUUUGCCAUGGUUUUUGAACCUCUUUAUGGCGUUUUGGCUCGGGUCUCCGACAGGGUUUUGGUAGAGAGGGUUAGGUCUAAUGUGUUUGAGCGGCUUGUGGAGAAGGGGAACGAGCUUCUGAAGCGGAGGAAAGAUGAGGACGCGGAGAAUGAGGACGAUGAUGAAAAUGUGGAGAAACUUGGAUGUGUUGCUCUGACGAUGGGGAUUGGGAAGAGGCUUCUGGAGCUGGCUGCGGAGGAAAGUAGUCUGCAGCCGAAUAGAAAGGUUUUGUAUGCUCUCUACGAGGAGUUUGGUAAGCUGGAGAAGCUUUAUUUGGCGUCUGGGGUUGAUGUGCUUUUCAAAAGGGUUAAGAGGCGUAGGGUUUCUCCGGAGAGUGAGGAGGUUAGGGAUUUUUUAAAGGAUGAGCCAGGAAGUCAUGGAAAUCAUCAUAUUGAAAAUAAAAUGGAAUUAGAUGAGGAAGACAGGUCAAUUGUUAAGAAGGUGAAGCAGAAGAAGGUGAAGAAAUUGCCCCAGGCAGAUGAUAAAAUGGAGAUUGUUGAUGAAUGCACAGGGGUUGAAAUGAAGAAGGUCAAGAAAGGGAAGCGGAAGAAGGUGAAGCAAGCAGCAGAUCAUAACGAUGCUAUUGUCAUUGUUGAGGGAGGUGCCAUGGCUACAGGCAAUGGGGUGAAGCUCAAGAAAAAUAAAGUAAAGAAGGUUAAAAAGGAAGCUAACUCACACACGGUUGAAGAAGGUAUGGAAAGCAGCGUUGGAAUGCUGUCAAAGAAAAAGAAGUUAAAAACCAGCUCGGGGCUUUGUGAUAAGAAUCUGAAAGAGCGAAUGAGUGUAGUAGAUGAAGCAGCAACUGAUGAUGGUGUGCAUGAGGAGCAGACUGUUGAUUUUCAGGACAUGAACAGGGGAGCAACUUUCAAUUUUGAGGAUUCAGUAAUCUCCAACCUACAGAAGGAGUUUGAGAAGGUUGCAGCAGAAUUAGGCGAAAAUAUGGACGGUUUCAGUUCCCCUGAUGCCACUUUGACAGCACCUAUUUCUCCUGGUUCAAAAAAGCGGAAGAGAGUAAAGAGUGCUUCUAAAGAGGUUUCCGGUAAUUCAAGUUUAGGACAAAGUAACGGGGGAAGCACAGCUGUUCCCGUUGGCCCUAAUGGAAUUGGAUCUUGUGGUAAAAGUGUUGAGAAAACUGCCAAGAAGGUUAGGUUUUCUAUGAAGAGAAAUCUUGUCUGGAAGCCUACUAGCCCACUUCCCCCGGAGAGCUUGAGGAUGCCUCCAUCUGCUACCCCGCGGGGAAGUGCCUUGAAGAAGGGAGUACCACCAGGUCCAAUCCGCAUCAUCAAAGAGUCUCCUAGUCCCCAAAGAAGGAUUCUUUUGUCCAUUUCUGCACGAAAGGGCAGAAAGAAGUUGAAAAGCAUUUCAUUAGGUACCAAGCUGGCUCGGAAACGGCAGUCAAAAGUUUGGAGAAUAAAUUCAGUGUAAUUUUUUGUGGAGCUGAACCUGUUCAUGUCACAGUUUUUAUAGUGAGGCUGGAUUUUCAACCAUUUAUUUAAAGUACAUGAAUUUUUGCUGUUUGCAGAUGUUGGCAGAACAUCAAAUUGUUUUUGGUAAUUUUUUUAAUAUUUUCAAUUGAGAUGGUUGAGCAAAGCUCAUUUGUUGUUUCA